AUGGCGAAGUUACUGAAAGAGGUGGAGAUGACUAAUGCUGGUGUGAUGGAAAUGAAGAGUGACUUAUUAUCUAUGAUUACCACCCGCAGAGGUAAAGUAUUAUCGGGCCCUUCUGUAAGCAAAGUUAUAAUUAAUGAUGUGGUGGAAUUGGAUGCGGAAGCAGAAAAAGACCGUCUAGUAGAGUCUAAGAAGCUGGAUAGUAAUGAGAUUCCAGACUAUCAGCAGAUUGAUAAACUGACAGUAAAUGUACCUUUGGUAGAGGCACUAGAACAAAUACCUGGCUAUGCUAAAUUCAUGAAGGACUUUGUCACAAAUAAGAGGACGGUGAGCUAUGAACCGGUGGACAAUCUUCACCAUUUUAGUGCUAUUUCUACAAGAUCCUUAGUGCAAAAGAAAGGAGAUCCAGGAAUAUUUACUAUCCCGUGUACUAUUAGAUCGCUGGAUUUUGCAAAAGCCCUGCGUGAUCUUAGGAUAAGUAUUAAUCUGAUGCCACUGGAAGUUUAUAAUAAGUUGGGUUUGGGAGAUCCCACACCUACUAACAUGAGACUUGUGAUAGUAGACAGAUCAAUAAAGCGCCCAGUUUGUAUACUAUAUAUUGUGCUUGUGAAAGUGGCCAGUUUUAUUUUCCCUACCGACUUUGUGAUCCUGGAGUGUGUGGUGGACUUCGAGGUACCCAUAAUCUUUGGUAGACCUUUCCUCUCAAUUGGGAGUAUGUUGAUUGACUUGCGGGAGAAUGAGCUGCAGUUUAGGCUCAAUGAUAAAGUAGUCUAA